UUCUUCAGCCUAAAUUUCUGUUAAUUAUGUUCAAUUCAAAAAUUCAACAACAUGGCAAAAACAAAAUGCGGAAAAGAUGCAGACUAUUUCAUGCCACGGACUUUCAAUCCUUAAUGUAUCCCUGUUUUAUUUUAUGUCGCAUUCUUGGGAUAUGUCCAUAUAAGAUCAACGCUAUGACUUUCACGAUUUCAAAACCGUAUUAUAUUCUAUCAACCAUAAUUAUUUGCGGUUUUUGUAUUUACGACUUAGUACUCAUUUAUGCUAUUAGUUCUGCGAAAGUUACAUAUGAAAAUAUAAUCAAGAAUCUUGAGAGUGUAUGUUAUUGUACGUUCACCGGUCUCAUUGCGAUUAUCACAUAUAUCUUGAGCAGUCCACGAAUGCGUUUGUUACAAUCCACUCUAGAAAUCUCUUCAAAACUGUCUUCAAAAUCAUAUCAGAAACUAUCCAGAUUAAUCCAUGCCAAGGACAUUUUCGUUUUCAUCUGGCUAAUUGUGCAAGGAAACAUAUAUUAUUAUAAAAUUUUAGCGACGGAACUAAACUAUUUUUAUAUUCUAUAUAUAGUAUUUGGAAUGUAUAUAACUCUAUUCGAAUUUGAAAUACUUAUGUUAUACGUGAAUUGUGUUUGUGUGUUAAAAACCUGUUUCAAAAGUAUAAAUUCUAUGUUGGCGCAUAUGCAAAAGUUCAUAAAUUGUAUAAGUCCCAGUUUGAUUUGCCACGCUCGUAAAAAUCAAUCUUUAUUAAUAAAACUCAAAUCUUUGAUGAAACAGCAUUUGAAGACUAGCAAAAUAAUGCAAAUGCUAAACAUAAUCUUUAGUUUGCAAAUUCUUGCCACUGUAGUCAUGGUCUUUGCUAAUAUCACCUUUGAACUGUACUUGUAUGCUGUGCGUUGGCAAGAUGGGAUAACCAUUGUCUUUAAUAAGCAUCUUUUAGACAUAUUUUCAAUGUCAUUAACGUAUAAUGUUGUACGGUUAAUAAUACUUGUGUGGAUUUGCGAGACUUGUAAGAAUCAAGCUCAAGAGAUCCGUACCAUCAUUCAUGACUUACUUAAUAAUACUAGCAAUGAAGAAAUCAAAGACGAGGUACAUACAUAAAAAGUAAUACAUUUUCCUUCAAAUGU